AUGCCCCUGCUCGGUUCCCACAUGUCGGCCGCCGGCGGCUGUUACAAAGCGGUCGAAGCCGCCGCGGCCGUCGGCUGCGACGUCGUGCAGGUCUUCACCAAGAACAACAACCAGUGGAACGCCAAGCCGCUCACCGACGCGGAUUGUGACGCGUUCAAGACGGCCCUUGCCGAGCGGAACAUCACGCACCCGAUCUCGCACAACUCGUACCUCAUCAACCUCGGCUCGCCCGACGACGAGUUGUGGAAAAAAUCGAUCGACGCGAUGGUUGUCGAGCUGCUGCGGGCCGAGCAGCUCGGCAUCCCCUACGUGGUCGCGCACCCGGGAGCGUUCACGACCAGCAGCGAAGAGGCCGGCAUCAAGCGGAUCGCCAAGGGGCUCGACGAGGUCCACAAGCAGACGAAGAAGGUCGAGGCCCAGGUGCUGCUGGAGACGACCGCGGGGCAGGGGUCGCACCUCGGCUGGCGCUUCGAGCAUCUCGCCGACAUCAUCGCCAAGGCGACGAUGCGUGAGUUCGACAAGCUCGUCGGCUGCGACCGCAUCAAGGCGUUCCACCUUAACGAUUCGUUAAAACCCUUCGGCGCCCGCAAAGACCGCCACGCGGCGAUCGGCGAGGGCGAGAUGGGCCUCGAACCCUUCCGCCACCUGCUGAACGACAAGCGAUUCAAAAAAACGCCGAU